CGAGAUGAUCAGCCCUAGUGCUGCAGCAAAAUGCUGGAUGGACACCUCCUUCUGGGAUGGCUCUCCUCCUGCGCGCUCCUAGUGCUGCUGGGCGGCGCCCCCGGACCCUCCGCCGCCUACUUCGGGCUGACUGGGAAUGAACCUCUGACCAUCCUCCCUCUGACUUCAGAAAUGGAGGAAGCUGCCGUCAAGGCCCAUUACAAAGUGUGCGACCGCCUGAAGCUGGAGAAGAAGCAGCGCAGGAUGUGCAGGCGGGAUCCAGGGGUGGCCGAGACCCUCGUGGAGGCCAUCAGCAUGAGUGCCCUGGAGUGCCAGUACCAGUUCCGCUUUGAACGGUGGAACUGCACCCUCGAGGGGCGCUACAGAGCCAGUCUGCUGAAGAGAGGUUUUAAGGAGACAGCCUUCCUUUAUGCCAUUUCCUCGGCCGGGCUCACCCACGCCAUGGCCAAGGCCUGCAGUGCUGGGCGCAUGGAGCGUUGCACCUGCGACGAGGCCCCCGAUCUAGAAAACAGAGAGGCCUGGCAGUGGGGAGGCUGUGGUGACAACCUCAAGUACAGCAACAAGUUUGUCAAGGAGUUCCUAGGGAAGAAAUCCAACAAAGACCUGCGAGCCAGGGUGGACUUUCACAAUAACCUUGUGGGCAUGAAGGUCAUCAAAGCUGGUGUGGAGACUACUUGUAAGUGCCAUGGUGUGUCCGGAUCCUGCACUGUCCGAACUUGUUGGCGGCAGCUCUCUCCGUUCCAUGAGAUCGGCAAGCAGCUGAAGCAGAAAUAUGAGACGUCACUCAAAGUGGGCAGCACCACGAAUGAGGCCACGGGGGAAGGGGACAUCUCGCCACCCAAGAAAUCCACCUCUGGCCACAGCGAUCAAAUCCCAAGGACUACAGAUCUUGUCUAUAUUGACGAUUCCCCUAGUUUCUGCCUGGUGAGCAGGUAUUCGCCUGGGACUUCAGGAAGGAAAUGUUACAAGGACAAGAACUGCGAGAGCAUUUGCUGUGGCAGAGGUCACAACACACAGAGCAGGGUGGUCACACGGCCGUGCCAGUGCCAGGUUCGCUGGUGCUGCUACGUAGAGUGCAAGCAGUGUACUCAAAGAGAAGAAGUUUAUACCUGCAAAGACUAAUGCAUGCUCUAUCUAAUGGAGAUCCUUGGUGGUGGGAGAUUGAUCUAUGAGAACUACACAUGGAGACAAACAGGGUUUGACUGACAUUCUAGGAUCUGAAAGCUAUGUUGAGACAUAAGCACUUUGUAGGGUACAGGUGACCCAGCUGUGUUGCUUUUUUUUGUUUUUGUUUUGGUUUUUUUUCUGUAGACUGAAUUUUAACCAUGAGGUCCAAUCGUGUGGAAAUAAGUGCCUGUCACAUUAGGGUUAGGUACCAGUAGACCCUCACCAAAGCCGUCCAUGAACCCGUCAGCUUGAUAGAUCACUCACUUCUCUUGAGGUUUUGAUUAUUUCACUCAUCCUGACUGUCCAGACAGCCAAGCAAACGAAUGAGAUAAACUGACUUAGGAUCUUUUUUGCCUUGAAACGUUGUGGCUCCCUAAAGAUAGGGGGUGGGUUAAGCGUAGAGCACCAAUUGUUCCUCUAGUGGAAUUUCUGCAGAUCUAGCCUAAAAAGCUCUGACAAAGGGCUACCCUCAAAUGAGUCUGUUUUGGUUUUUUUUUGGUUUUUUUUUUGUUGUUUUUUUGGAUCCAUGAACGUAGCUUCAGCAAUGUUGGGGUCCCUCCAGCUUGCCAUGUUGCAGACAACAAAAAGAUUUGGAAGAGUUCAAAGACACCCCUGCCCCCCUUCAGCCUGAUUGGACACUCAUCUUCACAUGUUCGUCAGAUGCAGGUUUUUUUUUAGCACGAUCACUGUCUUAAUUUAAAAAAUAAAACCACUAGAAGACCUUUCACUUUUCGUUUUGUAUAGGGUUAAUUUCUUUCAUCUCUUGGUGAUUAGAAUCACCCUGUGGCAGCUGCUUCAAAAACCCAAAUGAGGACUCUUUAGCUUUAUCUAGGCUGAAUUCAAAUAUGUAUUUUUUUUUUUUGAUAGUUGGCAUAUGACCAUAUCAAUUCCGUUGCCUCUUGGAAGGCAAGGCUGACUUGAUGCUCACGUUGAAUAGCAGCCAUUCUGGACUGGAUCGGACCUUUUCAGAGGAAAAGAUUUUAUUUUACUAGUCAGCAUUCCAUUUAUUCUAGAACAUGGCACAAGCUAAAUGUAGACCCUAAGACCUUAAGCUUUUUUUAACCACUAGAUUGAGAACCAUAUUUUUAAAGGUAACAAACCAUGGGAUUCCAAAUGCCUAAUCAACAUAUGGUUCUACCCAAGAGUGGACAGAGAAAGAAAAGCCAAAUGCAAUGGCAGAGAGCUCCAAUGCUGUGAACUAAUGACAACCGCCAUUUUUUUUAAAGAGGAUAUGUACAAUGUAGUACUUGAUGUGGCAAUGUUCUUUGGUCAUAUAACACUGCUGGGAUCAGAAGCGGCUGGUAAAUGCCUUAACAAAGCUUUCUAAGGAAACACUGGAGAGUGGAGGGCUUUUGAGGGCGGGGGGAGGGGAGGGAGCAGUCUUUGUCCAGUAGUAGUAGUGAUUGUCGCUAGUUUAUAACCCAUAUCUGGCUUUCAAGGGAGGAAGGCUGACUGGCAAAAAAAAAUUUCUUUUCAAGGAAAAGUAGAUGGUUGGUUGCAUAACGAGCCAUAUGACCUUCCAAGAGGGACUAUCAUUGGAGCAUCUUCUCAAAUAGUAGCCACUAAUAUUUAAGCUGUUCAGGUGCAUCUACUGGGAGAGGAUCUCUUUUUUUUUUUUUU